GUUCUUCUCACCAUUCGUCCCGAAGCACCGUACCAAACCGUAGCAGCUUAAGCCGACCGAGUCCGAUCCGUUCGCCUAGUACAACACCAUCGCAGUCACCGCCAAAAAACCAAUAUCCAAAAUCAUGAUGUCUCCACUGGUUGUUGUAAUUGGGCUCGUAGCCGUGUGCUCGGCCAGUCCGUCACUAUACUUCAGCGGUCCACAAUACUACAGCGGUUACUACGCUGCCCCUGCCGCCGUGGUCAGCCCGAUCAAGAGCCAAUACCACACGCAAAACGAAUUCGGACAGUACGCCUACGGCUACAACGACGGAUACUCCAGCAAAUCCGAAACCAAGCACGCCAACGGUCUGACCGAAGGAGCGUACUCGUACGUCGACCCGAACGGAGUUCUCCAGCAAUACAAGUACGUGUCUGACGAGAACGGUUACCGCGUGUCCGGCACCAACUUGCCCGUGGCCCCGGCCGUCCCAGUGGUCGAGGUCCCGGCCGUCCCAGCCGUCCCAGCCGUCGAAUCCGUCGUCGCGAUCAAGUCCGCUCCGGCCCAAGACGCAGACCCGGCCCCAGCCGCCCACGUCGACGCCGCGCCCGUCUACCAGGCCGAGGCCCCGCAACCGGUACAAGACACCCCGGAAGUGGCGGCCGCCAAGGUGGCUCACCAGAUCGCUUACGACGAGGCUAAGAAAGCCGCGGACGCCUCGCCAGCCGAAGACGAACCGUCGUCCGACAGCGUCGUCCAAGAUUCCGCCGAAACACCCGCCGCACCCGCCGCACCAGCAGCACCCGCCGCCGACCACGCCAGCUCCUUUGGACCAGCCCCAGUCUUAGCCGCCGCACCCGCCGCCGUCGCCUCGUACAGUUACCACCCGGCUGCUGCUUACGCCGCUUAUCCGUCGUACGCCGCCGUCCCGGCACCUGCCCCGAUCACGUCCUACGCUUACGGCCCAGUUGCAUCCUACGCAUAUGCCGCUGCGCCAGCCCCGUCUUACGCUUACACCGCCCCGUUCGCCGCCUCGUCGUACUCGCCGUUGCACAGCCAGUACCACUCGCAAGACGAGUUCGGUCAGUACUCGUACGGUUACAACAGCGGUUCGUCGUCCAAGGCCGAAGUCAAGACCCUCGACGGCAUCACCCGCGGAGGUUACUCGUACGUGGACGCCAACGGACUGGUCCAACAUUACAACUACGUUUCCGACCCCGUCAACGGUUUCCGCGUCGCCGGCACCAACCUGCCAAAAGCCAACGCUUUGUAAACAAGCGACCGGCCGCCAAAUUAAACUCUAUACCAUCCCUCCCCCACGAACACCGAUUCACCCCCCCCACCGCAACCAAUUAACCCCAUCACGCUGCUACGUUGUUUUUAGGUACUGGAUGUAAACUUUACUAUAUCAUAUUUGUGUACGAUACGAUACUCGCGUUAAGUCACGCGUGCCUCUACACGGGAAGUUCGUGUUUGACGUAUUUUCGCACUUGAGUAUGACGUGCGUAAACUAAUAUGAUAUAACUAUUAAUAAACGCGUGUUUAUGACUCUUCGUCGAGUUUUGUACAGGCUCCCUUCUAAAAUGGUCAACGGUCCGGAGUGGGGCGUGACGUUACCGAGGAUCGUCGGAUCCGUUUGCCGCCCGACGUCAAACGAAACCGGUGGACUUUGAUUCGCGCAAAGGAAUUUCGUUUCUCGGCACCGUCACGCUCGUUACUCCACUUCUCCUCGCCCAACAGCGAGGUGAAGGAAAAGGGCUAAAUAUUAAUAAAAAAAAACCUUUUUUUAUUUUGUUAGCUUUUAAGUUUUUUUUUUUUUUUUUUUAUACUAUACACUUUCU